AUGUCUCUUAAACCAAUUACCGUCUAUGCUGCUGGCCCCGGCCCCAACCCUUGGAAGGUGAUCAUUCUACUUAAAGAACUCAACAUCCCCUUUGAAACGAAAAACAUUGAAUUCCCAGAUUUGAAGAAAGAGCCAUACGUGUCUAUCAACCCGAACGGCCGUGCCCCUGCCAUUGAAGACCCCAACACUGGAGUCGUCCUGUGGGAAUCUGGUGCCAUUCUCGAGUACCUGGUCGAGACUUACGACAAGGAGCACAAGUUCAGCUUCGCCGCUGGCUCUCAAGAGUACUUCCUCGCUAAGCAGUGGCUGCACUUCCAGACAUCUGGACAGGGCCCUUACUUUGGCCAGGCCGUGUGGUUUACACGCGGACACCCCGAGAAGGUUCAGAGCGCAGUGGAUCGAUAUGUCAACGAGAUCCGCCGCGUCUCUGGCGUGCUCAACAAGGUACUAGCUGAUAAAGAGUACCUUGUGGGCGGCAAAUUUAGCUAUGUUGACCUGGCUUUUGUCCCGUGGUUCGGUAUUCUCCCUAUGUUCCAAAUUGACUCGGCCAAGGAGUUUCCAAACGUUGAUGCCUGGCUGAAUCGUCAGCUGGCCCGUCCUUAUGUUGGAGACUCUAUAAAGGAGAAAGAUGAGUUGCUGCAGAAGGUGCUUGCAGCUCAGGCCGAGGCAGCGGCCAAGGCGGCAGACAACUAG